CGGUCGCGCGCUGAGACAUUCUUGAUCUCAAUCAAGUCGCUCGAAACUUCGCAAUGGCUAGAACCAAGCAAACCGCUCGUAAAUCCACUGGUGGUAAGGCACCACGUAAACAGCUGGCCACAAAGGCUGCAAGGAAAUCAGCACCAGCUACCGGAGGUGUUAAGAAGCCCCAUCGUUACAGGCCCGGCACUGUCGCCCUGAGAGAAAUCCGUCGUUACCAGAAGAGCACUGAGCUUCUGAUCCGCAAACUGCCAUUCCAACGUUUGGUCCGUGAGAUCGCUCAAGAUUUCAAGACUGACCUGCGCUUCCAGAGCUCUGCAGUUAUGGCUCUCCAAGAGGCUAGCGAGGCUUACCUUGUCGGUCUCUUUGAAGAUACCAACUUGUGUGCCAUCCACGCCAAGCGUGUCACAAUCAUGCCCAAAGACAUCCAGCUUGCCAGACGUAUUCGUGGUGAGCGUGCUUAAACAAACUCCUCCCUCUUUGCCCCAAACCAGCUAUCAACGGUCCUUUUUAGGACCAACACAU